CUUCGGCGGAAGAAAUCUUGUGUGGUGAAGCGACGUCUUCCAUUGUCAGAGUGGAUGUUGGUAGAACCGAGCUUAACAUAGUCGGGAAUCUCCAGUGUCUGAUAGGUGAUGUGGCUUUAUCGACCAAUAUACCGAGUCUUCUGGGGAGAGUAGUUGUAAAGGGACUUUUUGGCGAAUCAUCUAUGUUCGCACUUGGUGAACUAA